CCAUCAAUGCUGGGUAUCACACUUAGAAAACAAAGUAAAGGCACCUUUUCUGCGCUCAUAAUUAAGGACACAAGCCAACGCAUCUCACUAAUGGAAGGCGAAAAAUAUAUAAAAAUGAAAAGUGAAAGUAAAAGUAAAAAUGAAAAAUGGAACUUUCGCACAUGGCGAAUGCGACAUGCGAUAUUUUGUGUUUUUUUCGGGGCCAAGCUGUUGACACUUUUUGGGGCCGCGGCAGACAUAAUUAUAGUACACAGAGGUAGGCCGCUAUGACCCUGAAAGCAGGAAGUUCACUUUGUGUCAUGCGAGCCCAGUCGGUGACAGCCAGGAGAAGCAGUUGAAAGUGCCGCGUGUCCUGUCCAACGUCAUCCUCUGGCGAGCCGGCAGGACACACACUCGUGUGUGUGUGUGUGUGUGUGUGUGUGUGUGUGGCAUGGCACAUUCAUUGACACUUAUCGCGUGGGUGGCGCGUUUAAUUCACAUUUUAUUUUCAGUGCCCGUGGCUGCGCGCGUAAUUGUUGCUUCCAAGUACGUGGAAAGCCAGGAAACGGAUGUAGUCAGUUCGCGUUGGCGCUGCACGGCGGACGUGUGCGCGGUAAAUAGUCGCCUUUUCCCAGUGUGUGUGUGUGUGUGUGUGUGGUGGUGUGUUUGCUCGGCUCUUUGCCUGCCAUGCAGGACGAGGCAGAGACAUCUGGAACAGGAGCUGGUGCUGGAGCUGGAACUGCUGCUCCGGGGCUUAGCAACUCCGACUCGGUGCAGAGCCCGCCGGCCCCAGCUCCCCGACGGCCCAAGCCGGGAAUACUCCGCCUGGACAUCGGCAAACCGCGACGCUCAUCAGGUGGUUCCGUCGAUUUCCGCUGCGUGGGCAGCAGCAGCAGCAACGGCAAUGGCAACACCAACAGCAACGUGGCCACUGGCGCCAACAGUGAGAACAACUCGGGAGUCACCUCGCCCCACCAACUGUCUGUGACCUGGGCACCGCCAUGCGACUUGAAUAGAGGUGGCUGGCAAAUGCAGAGCAGCGCCGAUGCCAAGAGGGAAUUCUACAAAGGACAAAGGGGCAGAAGAGCUGCAUCACAGGAGGACCAUAGAUCUUACGAACUGAACGACUUUCCAUUGCAAAACCAAAGCAGCGACGCCGAGAGCAGCCACCACGAGCCCCACUUCGUCCAGCAUCCGCCAGGGAUUGGAUUCGAGAAUGGCGGUGGCGGCAGUGGAGGCGGCGACGUUGAUGUUGAUGUCGACGACGAGGAGGACUACUCAAUUUCCGUAUCGGCAAUAAUGCAGAGACGUGCCAGUGUGCGCGGAUAUCGGGGCAAGCGCGGCAGCCGCAGUUCGCGACGGGCAUCCAGUCCCAUGGAUCACGUGCUGGAUAGUGUGGAGCGGCGACGCUCCAGCGUCUAUACGACAAGUUCAGAGGAGGGCACCAAUCAGGAGUCCACGCAAGAGCAAAUCUUUGAGAACAUCCGCCUGCACAAGGAGGUCAUACAGUCGGUGAAGCUACAGCCAUGGCCCAUCCGCAAGAAGCUCAAGUUGGUGCGGCAGGCCAAAACAUAUGUGGCACGCCACGAGGGAGCGCUCCAGGAGCGAUUCGCCAUGUCACGCAGCACCCGGGACUUGUGGGCGAGGUUUAAAAUUUUAAUGGCGGCAAGAUGGCGGCACUGGAAGCGGGAGACGACCAGCUUCCUUACCGUCCUCAUUCCCUGGGAGCUGCGCAUCAAGGAAAUCGAAUCGCACUUUGGGUCCGGCGUGGCCUCCUACUUUACAUUCCUUCGCUGGCUCAUGUGGGUCAAUAUCAUGAUUGCCAUUCCGCUGGUCGCCUUUGUCAUUGGCCCGGAGUACUUUGCCACCAAACACGGCGAAACGGAUCCGAGGAAGAGGAUGUCAGACCCGGAGGCGCGAGUGGCCGGCAACCUUUUCACUUUCUGGGAGUUCGAAGGAUACCUGAAAUAUUCACCAAUGUUUUACGGAUACUAUUCAAGCACAUCCGGCAUUAGCACGUCCGGAUAUAAGCUGCCGUUAGCCUAUUUCCUCACCGCCGUUCUGGUCUACAUAUACAGCUUUGUGGCCACGCUAAGAAAAAUGGCGGAAAACUCGCGCAAUUCGAAACUUUCCUCGAAGGACGACGAGUGCGUCUUCUCGUGGAAGCUCUUUACCGGCUGGGACUUUAUGAUUGGACACGCGGAGACGGCCCACAAUCGCAUCGCAUCCGUGGUGGUGGGCUUCAAGGAGGCCCUGCUCGAGGAGGCCGAGAAGAAGAAGGAUAAUCGCAACUGGCGGGUGAUACUCCAGAGGAUACUGGUCAAUAUCCUGGUGAUGGGACUGCUGGGUUUGUCGGGGGCCACAGUUGUCCUGCUGGUCAAUCACUCCGAGGAUUUGGCCAAGCACGACAACUGGCUCAGUCGCAAUGCGGUGAACGUGACCAUGACCCUGCUCUCCUUCUUCCUGCCCAUGAUAUUCGAGGCACUGGGUCUGUUUGAGAACUGGCAUCCCAGGCAGCAGCUGCGAUUGCAAUUGGCACGCAUUAUGAUCCUGAACAUGCUAAAUUUGUAUUCGCUGAUGUUCUCCUUCAUCUACAAGAUCAACAGCAAGGAGAAACCGCUGCAGAUGCUAAAGAUGGAAAACGAAACGAAUACCAUGGAGCUGAGAAAUCUGCUGAGUUCAAUAGAGGCCUUAAAGGCCAUGACCCCGUCUCCUUCCCUGUUUAGUGAGACUACAUCGGAUGGUCUGUUUGAUGAGAAUAAUGGCAGCACCACCGAUGGCAUAUUUUCGACCACAGCCGCUGCCGCUUUGAUCUCCACCACCGUGCAGCGUCUCAAGUGCUAUAACAUGACUGUGAAAUGCUCAAAACCACGCACCAUCUUCAAUGCUAAGAACUUGGCCACCACUCUGAUGGUUUUCAAUCUGACCACGCCAGCCAUGGUGCCCACCUUGCCCACAACAUUGCCCUCCACAAUACCUUCGACUCUGAGAACUUGGACAACCACGAAGGCAACCACACCCACAACAACUUCACCCUGGACCACUUUACCGCCCUUGACAACAACCAGUGAGGCAACCACAACGACUGAAAGAGCCACUAUAGCCACAGCAGCACCCACAACAGCUACUAUACUAACAACCACUGCCGAAAUGAAUAAUGUAAUUUUCAAUACUACAACCCCAUUAGCUAAAGUCUCACCAACACAUAAUAAUAUUCCAAAUUCAACAACUACAACUGCGAUUCAUAACUCAACAACAACUAUUGCUACGAUUUUGCCAACCAGCAGCACCACAAAAUUAACUUCCACUACAAGCACCACCGAAAAACCCAAGUCAGACGAUAACCUUUUCUACACCACUGGAGAGGAUGAGGGCUCCUAUGACUAUGGCAGUGAUGAGCCAAACGCUUCCGCCUCAGAUGCAACAUCAGAUGCUCCGGAAAAUAGCAACUACUCCGAUAUAACAGAUUACUCUUCGGCACCCUCUGAUACAGAAGAUUUCGAUGAGCAGGAGAGUACUGACCAGGUGAACGAUCCAUUAGCCAAAGUUUUGGAGCAAGUGGAUGAAGAGGAGUCGAAGAGCCGCCGAAAAAGGGCAGUGGGUGAUCCACAUUUCUGGCGCUCUAGUAAGUACAGCAGACGACAUCGCAAUGAUUCGGCGGUAACAGCUAGCCAGGCGGGGGAAACCACUGAGGCGGGUAGUGCCACGCCCAGUCGGUGGCCCAAUUAUUGGCCACCCUAUAGACCAACCACUCCGAGCACCACUACAACAAAAAGGCCGCUAACUGGGAUUCUCAGCAAAGAGGAGUGGGAAAAUCGCAGGCGACUUAGAAAUAGGCAAACCACUUCCACAAGUACUAGUACGACAACAACAACAACGACUAGAAGACCCUGGAGAAGACUUCCAACCACAAGCACCACCGAAGAGGAUGUAUUUACCACCGAAUCGACGAGUUCAGAAAGCACCACCUUCGAAAGCAGCAGUAGUAGUAGCAGCAGCAGCUCCACCACAGAAGAAGAUGAAUUCUCCUCCACGGAGGGAUCAGUCAAGACCACCUACUACAUAGGCAAUGUGGAUUUAUCGGAGUUCGGGAGUACCAGCUAUUACGACGAGGACAGCGAGUCCCUGGAGGAGUGUGUGAUUACCAUUUGCCCCAAAGGAGACGACAUCUUCGGCAGCACCACCGAAAGCGCGGAUGGCACCACCCCAAGCGGCGACUCCAAGCAGCUAACCACCGUGAAACUCACGCCGCUGGAGCAGAAGCAAAAGCGACUGAAGGAGGUUCAGCUGGCGAUUAAGAAGAUACAAACCAAUUUGACUACCAUGUGCUGGGAAACCUCGCUGGGCCAGGAGCUCUCCAAAGUCAUCGUCUUCGACGGGCUGAUGUCCAUUGUGGCGCCCCUGUGCAUUGACUUUCUGCGCGCCCUGUUCGUCCGGUAUGUCAAUCAAAACUGGUGCUGGGACAUGGAGAAGACCUUUCCCCAGUACGGCGACUUCAAGAUAGCCGAGAACAUCCUGACGUUGAUUAAUAACCAGGGCCAGGUGUGGAUGGGCAUAUUCUUCUCGCCGGGCCUGGUGCUCAUCAACCUGGUCAAAUUGAUGAUCAUGAUGUACUUCCGUUCGUGGAUAGUGCUCACCUGCAAUGUGCCCCACGAGGUGGUCUUCAAGGCCUCCAAAUCGAACAACUUCUACCUAUCGCUGCUGUUGACCAUGCUGUUCCUUUGUGUCCUGCCCGUGGGAUAUGCCAUUGUCUGGCUGCGUCCCUCCUGGCACUGUGGACCCUUCUCGGAGUACAACCGGAUAGCUGAGUUUAUCACCAACACAACGAGAAAUGCUCUGCCAAAACAACUGCAUGAGCCCUUGGACUACAUGACCUCCUCGAGCACUGUGAUUCCCCUGCUGCUGCUGCUCAUCCUCAUCAUCUACUACCUGGUCUCCCUGACCGGAGCUCUGCGCGAGGCCAAUCAGGACUUGCGGACUCAACUCCAGAAGGAGCGCGAGGAGGAGCGCAAGAAGAUCUUCAAGGUGCCGGAGGUCAAGCAGGCAGAACCCACGGCCACCACGUUGACAAACCGCUGGCGCAAAGUCCUGGAGGCCAGCUCUCCGGUUACGCCCACCCAAGCGCCAGAUUUCGACACGGAGGAGUACAAGAAUCAGGCCCGGAAAGAGCUAAUCUCACGCAUCAUGAAGAAGGCGCUGCGCAAGGGCUCGGCCACCUCCGACGAGGACUCGUUUGUGCGGCGGGACGAUGACGACACGGACACCGAGCACCAGGAUUCGCUGCCCCAUGACGAGGAGGCUAAGGACAAGCGGUUCGGCCUGUCGCGAUUGCAGCAGAUCCGGCGCACCCGCAAGCCCUCGCUGGUGGACAUCGUGCAGAUUGCCAAGCAGGAGCGGGCCCGCACUGGAUCCAUAGUGGCCGGGACUAGCUCUGCGGGACCAACCGGCAAUUUCCCUUUAAAGGAAACCCAUCCCAAGAGUCGCUUUAAGGUGGAGAAGCACGAGCGCAAGGAUAGGGGCAGCAUGAAGGAGAAAAAGGACACCAAACACAAGCAGCCACAGCCACAGCCGCAUCCACAUCCACAUUCACAUCCGCCACCCUAUGAAUCGCCCAAGGACAAUGAACAUGAUCCGGAUACAAAUUCAAGGAUUGUCAACGAGCGCCGCGCCAGUUUGCUAAGGCGAAACCAGAAGCAGGCGGAGGAGGAGCCCACCACCCCAGAACUCCCGCCGCAAACACCCACUUCGAGAGACAAGGAAGCGGAGCCGAGUGCCGAGGAAUCCAGACCAGAAACUCCCCCGCUGGCCAAGAGCAAAUUCCACAUAGUUGACGAAAAGAGGCCGCCGCAGGAGGUCGAAGACAAGCCCCUGCCGCCGGCCAAGGAAAGUGAAAGUGGCCGAGGAGGAAGCCUGGGCAAGUUCAAGUUUCGCAAGAACAAAUUCAAGUCAAAUAGUGCGGUGGCCAAGCCAGAGCCCGAAGUUUUCAAGUUCGAUGAGCGCUGUGCGGAGAAGAGCACGGAUGUGCCCGCAACUCUCGCUGCGGAGCACCUGCACAGCGAGCUAUCCGGCGGGGAGGAGCCGGAUCGGAGUUUGCCCUCGCCCACGCCCAGCCAAGGUCAGGGUCAGGGUCAAGGUCACCACCAGCGGCAGCUGUCUGUCCUGUCGCGACAGGGACGCAAAAAGAUAGGCAACCUGCUAGCCCUGGUUCGCGAGGCAGUGAAUCUGAAAAAAGACGAUGCAGAGCAGGGAUCGGAUGAGUCUCCGGGCCCGACCACGCCCACUUACCUGGCCUACACACCGCCACCACCCCCAUCAGUAUUGUCCAGUGUGUCCAGUUCGACGGCCCUGGAAAUGCCACCCACUCCAGAGCCGGAAUCGCCCACGCCCAGUGCGCCACUGCAUUUCGGCAGUAGCACUUCCUCUCGUCCGCCCACCAAGCCACCCAAGCCACCCAAGCCACCAGUGGUGCCCGCAUCGGCCACUGCGCCCACGGCCACCAUGGACGAUCUGGAGGAACUGGACAUGCCCGGACCCAUCACGUUCCCCAAGCGAAGCGAUUCCCAUCGACGACGCACCAUGCGGCAGGACUCGCAGAGUUCCAUUUGGUCGGAUAACAUACCCACCAUUACGAUUAGCACCACCGGCAGCGAUGAGUGCAUUGUGGACGCAGCUACUCCCCAAAAUGGACUGCCCGAGUCGCGAAGUACUUCGCCGGGACCCACGGUCAAUAUUAUAAAGAUUGACAUUGAGAAGGAGCAGGGACAAUGAUAAGCCUGCUGAAGAAGUGCCUUCAACGCCAGAUUGUCUUCUUAAUUAAAAAAAUUAGCAUUCUUCCUACUCUAACUAACUGUUUAGCUUGAAUCUUGUUCUCUAGCAUUUUUGAAAAAUCUCUCGGUCUAUAAAACAUAAUGAUAUUUCAUAUAUUAGUUUAUUUCCAUAAGAAACUAUUAUAAUAAACCAUUCUAUA